AUGGCACCAUUUGAAGCAUUGUAUGGAAGGAAGUGUAGAACCUCGUUAAGUUGGUUUGAUGAAGGAAAUAAGCUAGUACUAGGACCCGACGUAGUGCAGGAUAUGUCGGAAAAGGUGAAAGGAAUUAGGGAGAAGCUUAAGAUAGCACAGGAUAGGCAGAAAGCUUACUAUGACCGUAGGAGAAAGCCUUUAGAGUUUGAAGAGGGAGACCAUGUUUUCCUCAGAGUUAACCCAAUUACAGGGAUAGGAAGGUCAAUUAAGUCGAAAAAGCUUACACCAAAAUAUUUAGGACCUUACCAAAUCCUUAGGAAAGUAGGAACAUCAGCCUACCAGGUGGCGUUACCGCCAUCUUUGUCAAACUUGCACGAUGUGUUUCAUGUUUCCCAAACAAAGAAAUACAUUCCCGACCCUUCUCAUGUGAUAAAACCUGAACAUAUACAACUCAAGGAGAACUUAACAUACACGACCGAACCUAAAAAGAUAUUGGAUAGGAGGAUGAAACAACUUAGGAAAAAGGAAAUCCCGUUAGUGAAAGUAGCUUGGAGUGAGGGGGAAAAUGAGGAAGCUACUUGGGAAUUAGAGGAGGAUAUGAGAAGGACAUACCCUCAACUGGAUCCAGGAGCAAGACACAUCGGUUUCCCAGUGACACUCCCGAUGGUGUUCUCAUUCUUCCUGCCGACCCACGCUGAGCACGUUGGUCCGCGGAGUCCAGGCUAUGUGUUUGAGGGAACUGUGACCUCUUUAUGUGUUGUCUUCUUAUCUGUAGACUUAUGCGGUGGAUCCAUCCACCAACUAUGA